AUGCCGCCGCCCUCCGACGAUGUUGCUCCUGCGGCGAUGCCUGAGAUCACACUCACCAACACCGACAAUCAUGACGAGCCUGGUGAUACUACCGCGCAAAAUGGUGCACACGACUCAGCAGAGGAACUUCCGUCGGAUGCCGACGAGGAGGCACGACUUAAGAUGCUCACGACUGGCACACGAGCGCAGGAUGACUUGGAGCGUGAUAUUGGCAGGCAGGCGGACCAGAUGAUGACCGAGCAGGCGGACGCUCGCGACAAAAAGCGUAUAGAAAAGCUCGAGGCUGAAGCAAAACGCGCGGAAGCUGCGAUACAGAAGCUCAAGAACCGCCUGGCUCUACCAGCUUUGGAUACGCAGAAAGCCAAACUUCGCGGCGAGAUCGCGGCAUAUCGGGACAAGAUCGACAACUUGGAUCGAGAAAUGGACGGAAUACAACAGCGUAUCAAUGAUCGUCACAAGGCGCCUGGAGUGGAAGAGGCAGCGGAAGAAGGCGCAAAAGGGCCGCUGCCUAACGAAACCCGGGGCGAGUGGCUUAUUCGUACAGGAAAGAUCACACCGUUCUCCAAACUGGCGCAGAACCAGCCGGACUCGGGAACAUUAGGCGAGGUCAUGCUCGAUGCUGAGGCAGAGGACAUGGUGGUGGACACUGCGAAGGAACCAGUGUCACAUCGCAACCUGAUGAAGCCUGGCUUCCAAGAUGUCGAUUCUAGUUCAGAGGCCCCGAGCCCAAAGCCCACAGCUCGAUCCAAGAAGCGACGGAAGGUCACUCCUGCUAGCGAUGCUCUCGGUUCGCGCGAAUCAAGCGCGGCACCUGGCUUCACCGAUCCCGACUCCGACGAUGCCUUCGAGCCUGGUAUGUCGGAUCGCCAGCUUGCGACGCUGGACGAGUCGGACGAGGGUUCGGACGAUAUGGAUGGAGACGACUCAUACGCGGAGGAGACAACUGGUCGCAAACGCAAAGCCAAAGGUAAGAAAACAAAGAAGGCAAAGGCUGCUCCUGCACAAGAAGCUGCUGUCGAGGACCUAGCAGGUGUUGACGAUGGCAAUGAGCGCGUUUAUCGGAAGCGCAUAGAGACUUGGUCCAAGAGCCGCGCAGCCGCAAGGAGAAAAGCAAAGGCGAACAGUGGUGAGACAAUUGCAGAUGAGGACGAUGAAGACGAAGAAGAAUGCUACCAGCCUCAUCCGACUGAAGCUGAUACUGAGUUCGAUGGUGGAUUCCGCAUCCCUGGAGAUAUCUAUCCAGCCUUGUUCGACUAUCAAAAGACCGGCGUGCAGUGGCUCUGGGAACUAUAUUCGCAGAAUGUAGGCGGCAUUAUCGGCGAUGAGAUGGGUCUGGGUAAAACCAUCCAAGCCAUCGGCUUUGUUGCCGGCCUGCACUACUCCAAGAAACUUGUCAAGCCUGUCAUUGUAGUGUGUCCGGCGACUGUCAUGAAGCAGUGGGUCAACGAGUUUCACCGCUGGUGGCCUGCACUACGAGUCUCCAUCCUACACACUUCUGGUAGCGGGAUGCUGGACACCCGUCGAGAAGACCGCAUGGAACGAGAACUCGAGCUUCGGAAUUAUGGCGAUUACGACACUACCUUGACCGGCGCCGGAAAGGCUGCCAAGAAGAUCCUCGAAAAGGUUAAACGGGAUGGCCAUGUGCUUGUUACCACCUACUCUGGAUUGCAAACCUACGCUGAGUUCUUGAUUCCUACUGAUUGGGAAUGUGCCAUCCUAGAUGAAGGCCAUAAGAUUAGGAACCCAAAUACUGCCAUCACGAUCCACUGCAAGGAGUUGCGCACACCGAACCGUAUCAUUCUUUCUGGCACGCCAAUGCAGAACAAUUUGACAGAGCUUUGGUCGCUUUUCGACUUCGUGUUUCCAAUGCGCUUAGGCACUUUGGUAAACUUCCGCAAUCAGUUCGAGUUUCCGAUCAAGCGUGGUGGAUACGCAAACGCUUCAAACUUGGAGUUUGAGACGGCAGUACAGUGUGCCGAGACUCUCAAGGAUGCAAUUAGCCCAUACCUUCUGCAGCGCUUCAAGAUCGAUGUUGCGACCGAUCUGCCACAGAAGAAGGAGCAGGUGCUGUUCUGCAAGUUGACGCGUCAACAGCGACAAGCAUACGAAGGUUUCCUGGCUUCAGAAGAUAUGAAAUCAAUCGCCAGCGGCAAGCGUCAAAUGCUAUACGGUGUCGACUUCCUGCGUAAGAUCUGCAAUCAUCCCGAUCUGACGGAGCAUAAGACGUUGUCGAAGAAGCUGGGGUACGACUAUGGUAACCCCAACAGAUCUGGCAAAAUGCAGGUCGUUAAGGAAUUGCUGUCGUUGUGGAAGAAGGGUGGACACAAGACCCUCCUCUUUGCUCAGCAUCGCAUCAUGCUAGAUAUCCUACAGAAGUUUGUCAGUCAGCUACCUGAUAUCAACUGGCGUCGUAUGGAUGGUGAGACGCCGAUCAAGGAUAGACAGAACCUUGUCGACGAGUUCAACAAUGACCCGAACCUACACGUCUUCCUGCUAACAACGAAGGUCGGUGGUCUCGGUGUCAACCUGACAGGCGCCAACCGCGUCAUCAUAUACGAUCCUGAUUGGAAUCCUUCUACUGAUAUACAAGCGCGAGAGCGUUCAUGGCGUCUAGGACAGAAGCGAGAGGUUGAGAUAUACCGUCUCAUGUCCGCGGGUACCAUCGAAGAGAAGAUCUACCAUCGUCAGAUUUUCAAGCAGUUCCUGACGAACAAGGUGCUGAAGGAUCCUAAACAGCGACAAUCAUUCCAGAUGAGCGAUCUUCAUGAUCUAUUCACACUUGGUGUCGAAAAUGUCGAGGGCGAAACUGAGACAGGCAACUUGUUCCGUGGUUCGGAAGUCAAGUUCGAGGAAGAUGGCAAGACUGCUGCUGCUGAUGCAGCGGCCGAUGCUACAGGAGCCGAGGACCUCGCCGCAGUAAAGGGUAUUUCGCGGGCUGAAGCUUUCAAGGCCCCCGAGACUGACACAGAAGACGCUGCCACCACUAACGAAGACGGCACAACAGCUGAUGACAAACCUCCUACAGACUCCCGUCUGAUGUCAACCAUCUUCGCCAAGACAGGCGUUCACUCUGUCCUCGAACACGACGCAAUCAUGAACUCUACAGCUGGCGGUCGCAAACGAAAAGUCCAAGCCGACCCGGCGUACAUCCAACGCGAAGCAAAGCGACAAGCCGCCCUAGCGGCCGAACAACUCAAGAAGAGCAUGCAAGAGGCCAGAAACGUGCCAGCAGGAACACCGACAUGGACUGGUCAAUUCGGUGAAGCAGGACGACCCGAGGCACCACGCGGUAUAACAUCCACGCGAGGCGGUCGUGGUGGUCGAGGUGGAGGACGCGGCGGUUCUGCCCCCUCUUCAACAUCCAUCCUUAACAACCUCGCCGCCCGCCAAGGUCGCCCUUCCCCCCUCAACCCAGGGACAACAUCCGCCACUUCAUCUCGCGCCUCCACCCCAACUGCACCAACAACACCACAGACGUUUCGCGGCCGCCGUAUGCUCGAAAUGAUUCGCGAUUUCAUGCUUACGCAUGGCGGUGUGGUUCCUAGUCGUAUGCUGGUCGAUCAUUUUGAUCAUUAUUGCCGUGCGCAGCCGGGGCGGAAUGAGGAGUUCAAAGAGAUGCUCAAGUUGAUUGCUACGCUAGAGGUUAGUGGGAGUGCGCAGAGGGGGAGGUGGGUGUUGAAGGAUGAGUGGAGGACGCCGAGUAAUAACAACAAUACGGCUGGCAGGGAGAGGGGUGUUGGUGGGAGGUAG